AUGGAAUCGAAUAUUACAUCAGAAAACGAGCCUUGUAGAGACGAAUCAACAAAAUCGGAUUCGAAUAAUGAAAAACAAGAUAAUGAGGAAAAGAAAGAUGAUAAUGGAAGAUUUGAAUGCAAUAUUUGUUUAGAUGCAGCAAAUGAUGCAGUUGUAACUAUGUGUGGACAUUUAUAUUGUUGGGUAUGUCUUAGUUAUUGGAUGGAUUCAAGACCUUCUAAGAAAUGUUGUCCAGUUUGUAAAGCAUCAAUAUCAGAAGAUAAAAUUAUUCCAAUUUAUGGAAGAGGAGGAAAUAAAGUAGAUCCAAGAAGUAAAAAGGUUCCACCACGUCCACGAGGGCAAAGGACAGAAGAACCAGCUAAUCAAUUUGGUAUUGGAUUCUACCCUAUUUCUUUUGUAGCAUCAUUAUUUAAUACUCAGACAAACAGUAAUGAAAAUCGUAAUAAUAGAGAAGAUACACGAGAGUAUCAACAAGAACAAAUGUUAUCUAAUGGUUCCUUCUAUAUUGCAGUUCUCUUUUUAUUAUGGCUAUUCUUUUUCUAG